GAAACUCAGCAUUGAACUGUUGAUUUUACUAGAGAUGUCCGAGGGUCCGUCGCUGGCUAUAUGACGUCAGAAAGGGGGGCCAUGUUGUAUGUUUUUAUUGGUUUGGGUUGAGAAGACUGAGGUACCUCACACGUUUGCGAUCAUUUUUUUAUGGUAAGAAACGAAGGUGAAAUCUAUGUAUAAACAAUUGGUCAUUGCCGUAAAACUGUAAACGACAUCCCAUACAGCAUGGCGAGUUCGUCUGUGAAAUUUACAUGGUGUGCUUGCCGCAAUUAUAAAAUCCAGUCCAAGGACACCCAUGAGAAGUGCUUACUCUGCCUGGGUAUCCAGCAUGCUAAAGAAGCAGUCCUGGAAUAUGGCAAAUGUCCCCACUGUGCGAAGAUGGACUGGAGCACUUGUAUCAAGCGCCUCACCAAGGUGCAGGAGGUGAUACACCAGGAGGCGCAGCAGAGGAAAAACGAAGCCGCGCAGACCGGAGUUGUGCCUAAGCUUGAGCCAGCGACUUUACCCACUGCCAUCUCAGAAUCCAGACCAGCGAAGGUAGCGACUGCUGUACCCACUACAACGCGGACCGAAAUGGCGACGCCUGCGCCGUCGUCCUCCACCGUGCCUGUGAUGUUCACUAUUCUGUCUCCUUCUCCGGGCCUGUCCGAGCCUAACGCCGGUGUGGUAAAAGGCACUUACGUGUCGCGUUUGGCCUUGCAGCACACGGCAGACCCGGCUCCACCUGUGGAGCACGUGAACCCUCCGCAGAUGCCUUCUACAUCCCGCAAGAGACGCCGCUCAUCCAGGUGUGACUCGUGCUGCACGCACCAUACCAGCAGGGGUUACGGGCACAGGCGGAAACGCUCCCCGUCGCUGCCCUCGUGUUCGUCCUGGAGCUCGUCUGACUCCUCCUCAUGUGAGUCUGCGAAGGGGAAGAAGACGCGGCGGGAGUCGAGGAAAUCUGCAAAGCGGCACGGGCGCCUGCUGGAGAUGGUGGAACAGAAGCUGGAAGCCCAACAGAGAGCUGUGCAGUUUCAGUGGAGCAUGCUGGAGAGGAGGAUGGACGUCCUAGAGAGAAGGGGUUCCGCAGCUGUCCUUCCUCCCAUCUGCCCAAAUGCUGUGGAAAGCUCUCGGGUCUUCAGCUUAUCCCAGGAGAAUCAGGCGCAGCGGGCUUUGGAUUCUCUGGUAACUGAAUGCGCUGCCCCAACAGUUGUAGUGAAACAAGAAGAGAGGACCGUAGGCGUCUCCUGUGCUGCAGGAUCAGGUUUGCCACUUGAUGGUGAAAGAGAAGCAGAUUCUCAGCCGCCUGUGAACGAUGUGGACACACAGGAGAUGCUCGCAUCCAACGAGCUGCAGAUGCUCGUAGGACGUGCAGCCAGAUACUUGGGCAUCAGCUUUCCCAAAUCACCCACAAGUUCUGAUCCGCCAUAUCCAGUCAUGGUUCCAGAAUUUGAGGACUUGGUGCAAAGCUCGUGGUCCAACCCAGCAAGCACAAAGUCUUUCAGGACAGUUUUUUCAGAGUUGUAUAAGCUUCACGAAUGCCAGUCUUCAGCUUAUGACCACAUGCCUCAAGUUAACAGCUUCAUGUCAGCCAUCUUCCAAGCUGUUAGACCCACAGAGAAUAGAGAACAAUCUUUUCCUGCUGAGCGUUGGAAGUUUACGGAAGUGCUAAUGGAAAAGACAUAUCAGACUGCAGGCAUGCUGGCCAAAAUGGCUAACUAUUUGCGAUACCUGUCAGACUAUCAAAAGCGUCUUUUGGUGGAGAUUUCUGAAGACCAACCUCAGAGGCUUACAGGGAUUCUCGGCGAGCUUAAGCUCAUUGGACAGUUCAUUUUCCAGCUCUCCUCACAUCAGGCAGAACUUUCUGGAAGGAUCAUGGCAGCAUCUGUAGCUGUCAGACGACAGGUGUGGAUGGCCAAGGCCAAUUACACAGAUUCACUGAAAGCAACAGUUGCUGAUUUACCAUUUGUGGUCAGUCAUUCAGCUGGAGAAAACACAGCCUCCAGCUCAGGGGAUGCAGUAUGCAGACAGGAAACAUGACGAAAUUACACAUUCAUGAUGUUGGUGAAUUAGCUGAGUUACUACUGUUGCGAUUAAAAUGUAAGUGCUAAAGUCUCUUCACCCCCUCAGGUUAUAUUUUCACACUUUAAGUGUGAGUUGAUGCCACCAAGGUGGUUGAGCAAAUAGGGGCCAAAGCCCUUGCAGUUGUUAAGGAGCUGUAGGCAUUGCCGGAAUUGGGCAAACAUUGUAGCAUCUGCAGUGACUUUGUUGCCCCUGUUCUUUUAAUCAUUGCAUCGUGCUACAGAGCCUUUGCUCAUUGAUUUAAGAAAAUGGAUGUUGGCUAUUACUGUCUGAAUUAAUUUUUCGUUUAAGGAUAUAAUGUGUUUUAUAUAUUAACUGGCAGAGUGACCAAAUAGUCAUUGUUUAGUUCUAGAUCGUAGUUACCCACUUCUUACAGAGUGGUUUUAGAUUGUUCAUGUUAUGAGAAUGUGAAUACAUUAAAUUACCUGCAUGACAUGGUAGGAAUUUUUUUGGUCUGAUUAAUACUUUAUGCAUCCUUCUCAGUGCAUCAUGUGCCCCUUUAAUCGUGUCCUGAUUAUAUUGUGCGUACUUAUUCGUGCACAUGUUCUGUAUCCAUUACUGUAUCUUCCCCUACAAAUGUAUGUGUAGUUUAGUUAAGUCCCUAAAUAAAUAGUGUUGUUGACUUGCA